AAAGGUAAAGAUAAAAAUUGAAGAUAAUAUUAUUUUCUUAAUAAUUAAGAUUAAUAGUUAAUGCUCUCAAGUCUCACGCAUUAACUGUGAGACACACGCAGUUCACGCAGCUCACACGCCACACCUGUCAUUUCUCACGCACAUUAAUAUAUAAUAAAUUAACAGCCAAUCAGAAAAUAGUAUUUCUUGUUGCUGGGUAAAUAAGGAAAAUAAGUUGUAAUAAAUGUUCUCUCACUGCAAACCUUCCAUAAUGAGAAUAAACUUCAACAUUGACUCAAAAACACAGCAAGAAAAAAACACACAAAAAGGAAAAAAUAUAAAAAUGACAAAGUUUUUUAAAACAGUAACACAUAAUGAAAAUAAUAAAUGAUAAAUGAUUAAAUAAAAUAAAAACAGAGUGGCAGAGAGGACGUUUUGCUCCGUUUCCUUCACUGUGACGUAGCUCAAACCCAAAACACUGAAAAAAAGGGAAAUAUAAAUAAUAUUUUCACAUGUUAUGAAUUACAAGUUAACAAAGGGCUCACCUAUGAAUUUAUAAGUUAAUAAACAUUUAUAAUAAUUGAUUAAAAUGAGCGAAAGCAGCCUCUUAUCAGGAUUUAGGGUCUCGGUUGCGUAGUGACGUAGUGACGCAGCCACGUUUUUGACCUACGCAGUUUACGGGAAGGGAGGAUAAACUUCCUGAAACUGAAAGAACAAAAACAUAACAUCUUUAAAUUAUUUUAUUCACAUAUUUCAACAUUUACUUGACAUCUGCGUCGCCAUGGCAACCACAUCCAGUCAUGGAGACGUUAUUCUCUGGAUCGUCCUGGUUUACAGUCUGAACUCAGGCAGCUGUCAGACGAAGGUCCAGGCUUAUAUCAAAGAUGACGUCCUGCUGCUCUGCAUCUACAGCAGCACUCUGCCCGCCUCUGUUACCGUCUCCUGGAGGGACAAAGACAACAACAACGUCCUGGACAUCAUAAACAAUGUUGAGGACUUCCAAACACAAGACAAGAACUUUAAGGAUCGUGUGAGUAGUUUCCGUGAUCAGUACACGGAGGGAAACUUCUCCAUCAUCCUGCGGGACGUCAAACAGGACGAUGCCGGUGUCUACGAGUGUAACAUCCGAAUUGAUGAGGAAUUGACACAGCGGGUCAGACUCAACAUCACAGGUGAACGUCCUAAAGCAGCAACGACUCCUUCAAAACCAGCAGGUGGCGCCGCUGCAGUGACACCAACCUCCAUCCAGCUGCUGCUUCUCUCUCUGCUCCUCAUUCAUUCUGCUGGUUUGAGCUGCUGCAGCAUCUGCUAACUUUCACUGCACUGUUACACAGUAAUGAAGUUUAAAAUGUAUUAUUUAUUAUUCCAGGAAUAAAUCAGCUUAAAGUUUGAUCUGAGUAUAAACUGCAUCAUUAAUUAACUUUAACCAACUUGCACUUAAUAUUAUUAUUAAUGAAGUUAAUGAAAAGUUCUUAGAGGACAAAAACUAAGUUUAUUUCAGGAAUAAAUCAGCUUUAAAGUUCCAGAAAUCAUUAAAAAGCACCAACAUUUGGUUUAAUGUCUCCCUUUAAGAAUCAGGAGUCACUUCAGAUUUGUUCUGCACGACUGAAUUUAUGUUAAAGUCUCUCAACCAAUCAAAGGCAACCAGGACCAACCAAUCACAGGCAACCAGGACUAACCAAUCACAGGCUGCCACUAAUGUAUUACUGCUGUGAGUUUGUUAUCAGAGAUAUAUUAUUAGACCCAGAAUAAGAUCUGAAAGCUGCUUCACACAAGUUCACUAUUGCUUCCAGCUUCACAUGUAGGCGAUGCUACAGCAUGAAACAAUAAGAGGAAGCUGAGCC